AUGUCCCCAACCAGCGAAAAGGCACCAGAUGCGACCGCUACAGAAAAUGCAGACGCAGAGAUAAGCCAUCACACUCAGCCUGACAGUAGCGAACCCAUCAAUUCUUUGGAUCCACAACCCAUUGACGAGUCGAAACCUAAAUCAAAUCUCGACCUCAUCAAUGAAUGCGACAGCUUCCCGUACUUCCAAUCAACUCCUCAACUCUAUCUCAACCACGUUUCAACAUACUAUCAUCUGCGUGUCGCUGCUUAUCCCGAAACAACUCUUGGCUAUAUCUUACCUUCUGUCGCUGAAGUUCUGCGGGGCCUCGAAGAAUGGGAGUUGGACGAUGAUGAGCGAACCCUUACGCUCAAAGCUGGUGAGGACGAGCCUACUCGAAGUGCGAUCCUCGCCAGAACCACAGCUGCCAUGCGCGCAAUUGGUCACUUUUCAAUCCUCAAAGGCUGGCGCAACGAGCUCUACCCAGUCUAUGGACCUGCGCCUGCCAGAGAACUGCUUUUCAGCAUCGAACGUGCAGCCAGUGCCCUUUUCGGCGUCGUCACCUAUGGCAUUCACAUGACUGCUUACACAAAGUCUGCUUCUGGUGAAUUGAAGAUCUGGACACCACGUCGCUCCAAGACCAAGUCGACAUAUCCCGGUAUGCUUGACAACACAGUCGCAGGUGGUAUGGCUACUGGCGAGAACCCCCAGAUCUGCUGUGUGCGUGAAGCAAGCGAGGAAGCUUCUCUGCCAGAAGACCUGGUACGCGAAAAGGCACAUUCAGCAGGCACUGUCACAUACUUCCACAUCAGAGACUCUCGCGCUGGAGGCGAGACGCGACUUCUACAACCAGAGUGCCAAUACAUCUUCGACCUUGAGUUGCCCGAAGACAUCAAGCCAAAGCCUUCGGAUGAUGAGGUUGAGGAGUUCUAUCUGAUGGGAGUGGACGAGCUCAAGGAGAAGCUCAAAGCCGGCGAGUUCAAGCCGAAUUGUGCUGUUGUGUUGCUCGACUUCUUCAUCCGCCAUGGCGUUGUGAACGCACAAAACGAGCCUGACUUCAUCGAGAUUGUGAGCAGGCUACACCGCAAAUUGGAUUUCCCUACAGCUUGA